AUGUGCCAUGGCAGGAUAACACCAAAGAGCACCUCAGCGUUGGCCGUGGCCUCCGCGGGACAUGGAGUGUUCCUUCCACUGGUGAUCCUUAGCACCCUCCUUGGAGACGGACUUGCCUCAGUGUGUUCCCUACCCCCGGAGCCAGAGAAUGGUGGCUAUAUCUGCCACCCCCGGCCCUGCAGAGACCCCCUGAACGCGGGCAGCGUCAUUGAGUACCUGUGUGCUGAAGGCUACAUGUUGAAGGGUGAUUACAAGUACCUGACGUGUAAGAAUGGAGAAUGGAAACCAGCCAUGGAGAUUAGCUGCCGUCUCAAUGAGGACAAAGAUGCCCACACAUCACUUGGGGUCCCCACGCUGUCCAUAGUUGCUUCCACUGCCAGCUCCGUGGCACUCAUUCUCCUCCUCGUGGUGCUGUUUGUGCUGCUGCAGCCGAAGCUGAAGUCGUUCCAUCACAGCAGGCGCGACCAGGGGGUAUCUGGCGACCAGGUUUCCAUCAUGGUGGAUGGAGUCCAGGUUGCGCUACCGUCCUACGAGGAAGCUGUAUACGGCAGUUCCGGUCACUGUGUGCCUCCUGCUGACCCCAGAGUGCAGAUCGUGCUGUCAGAAGGGUCUGGGCCCGGUGGGAGGAACGGACCAAGGGAGCACCAGUUGCAGGACCAGGGGGCCUGUUCCUCUGCAGGCGGAGAGGAGGAGGCCCCGGGCCAGUCUGGACUAUGCGAAGCCUGGGGCUCUCAGGGCUCAGAGACUGUGAUGGUGCAUCAGGCAACCACCUCUUCCUGGGUGGCCGGCUCAGGGAACAGCCGAGUGGCAUACAAAGAAGCCCCAGAUUCAGAGAACAGUGACAUACAAAGCCUUUUAUCCCUCACAUCGGAGGACUACACAGAUGAUAUCCCGCUGUUGAAAGAAGCAUGA